UGCUGAAGUUUUUACUAGCUAGAGAUAUGUCCAUUUGAUAAAUUUCAAACGGUCAUUACAUCGAAUAGAAUCGAAGAUGGGGAAUGGAAUUAUGAAGAUUUUGCCUAAUGAUGUGGCGAUUUCUAUCCUUUUGAGAUUUCCAGUUAAAUCUCUAAUGAGAUAUAGAGGUAUCUCGAAAAUUUGGUGCACUCUCUUACAAUCCUCUUAUUUUAUAAAUCUUCAUCUCAUGUGGUCCAGCAUCACUGAAGAUGAAUUCAUUCUCGUUAAACGCUCCUUCGAAGAAAGACCCGGCCAAUUUAAACAUGUCUUGUCUUUUUUUUCUAAUGUUAGUGAUAACGAUUAUCUUAAUCCCGUCUCUCCAGAUCUAGAUGUACCAUAUCUGGCAUCUAAUUAUGGUAGUGUGUCUCUUCAAGUUAGCAUGCCUUGCAAUGGUUUGAUUGCCCUGAAUGAUACCCUUAGUAUCGUCUUACUAAAUCCUACCACUAGGAAAUACAACCUGCUUCAUCCAAGUUCAUUUGGUUAUCCACACGGUUUCGACCGUGAUAUUUGUGGUGUAGGAUUUGGCUUCGAUUUGAUGGUAAAUGACUACAAAGUCGUUAGGAUUUCAGAAAUUUAUUCAGAUCCUUACAAGGAUCCUUGCGUGACAUGGAUCAAAGUUGAGAUUUAUGAUUUGGGCAUUGAUUCUUGGAGAGAACAGAAUUAUGAGGAUAAAGAGUUACCCUCGGUGUUUUGGAAUCCUUGUGCCGAGAUCUUUUAUAGGGGAGCUUGUCAUUGGUUUGCAACUGCAAAUACACUGCAGGUAAUUCUUUGUUUUGAUAUGAGCACCGAUAUAUUUCGCGAUAUGAAGAUGCCUGAUACUUGUUAUCGCUUUGAUGGGAAGUGUUAUGGACUCGUAGUUUUAAAUAAGUCCCUCACAUUAAUUUGUUAUCGUGAUCCAACAUGUGAAAUUGAUCUAAAAGAGGAUUUUAUGGAUAUUUGGACAAUGAAAGUAUACGGUGUAAAUGAUUCUUGGAUUAAGCGAUACUCUAUAAGACCUCUUCCUAUUAAAUCCCCAUUGACAAUUUGGAAGAAUUUAUUGUUGUUUCAAAGCAAAAGUGGACAAUUGAUUUCCUACAAUUUUUAUUCCGAUGAAGUAAGAGAAUUUAAUUUAUAUGGAUAUCAAGGAAGCUUGAGGGUUGUACUUUACAAGGAAAGUUUGACAUCAGUUUCCAGAGAAAAAGGGCAUGGCACACAAGCGCAACAAAUGUAGAAACAGAACAACUCUUUAUAUCUACUUUACGAUUUAGUACCUCGUCUUUUCUUUUAAUCAAAAUCAACUAGCACAAGAUUAGUUGGGAAAUGCAUAAAUAAAAUCCAAAUCAGUCAGUACAGAAGAAAAUAAAAGAGAAAACGCAAAUGAAUCCACUCUAGCACAAGCUAAGGCCAAAAGUGCCUAUAUUAAGAAAUCACAGGCUACAAUUGUUGAAUUGAGCAUAAACUUCAGUAAGACUCCAAGUAUUUGUUUGAUGCCUUCUCCAGUCACCUCAAGCUCCCACUAGGCUCUAUUGAAUCAAAAACCAUAAGAAGGAUCCUUCAGACUUAGAAAUGUGUAAUGAUAGCUCAAUUCAAUGUAAUAGCCUAUUCUUCAAAAGCUGUGAUCAUCUGGCUGUAAUUGUUCUUCUAAAACUGUGAUCACUAUAUAGACUGAUCCUAAGAAUACUAUUAGCGACUAAACAAAACUUUUAUUGAGAUCCUUCCAAAUGGAUGAAAUUAAAGUUAAUACAUCAACAAAAGCA